ACGGGAAAAUCGUAAAUGAUAUACAACGAUCGCGUGUUUUUUUUACAACAUUUUAACAAAUCAACGUGGUACACGUGGACUACCAACCAAAGCAGGCCGUUAUUUUCAGGAAAAAGGAAGGAUCACAGCUCCGUCGCUUUAUCUAUCCACCCACCCACCCACCCAAUAUCUCGUCGUCUUCCGUUGAUCAUCUUCUUCUUCUUCUUCUCAUCAAUCAAUCAAAAGAGAGACUCUCGUGGAUUCAGAAUCUCUCCUUCCGUCAAAUUCAUAUUCUUCCUCUCUCUCUAUAUAUAUAUAUACAAGGAGUUGCUGAUGGUAGAGAGCUAUAGUAACCUCUCGUGGCUCGUAUGGAUCCAAAUGUUCGUCUUCUUCCUCCUCCUACUCCUCCUCUGCGUCUUCGGAUUGUUAUCCUCAGAGAGCAGUGUCUCAUCAUCCGCUGAUUCACUUCCUUCUACGUCCGCCUCUCGGAGGUUUCUCUCUGGAGAUCCGAUUCCGAUCAGCCACCACCAUGGCUUGGGGUUCUCCGUAGUACAGUCUAAUCAGAUGGGAACUUCUCAGGCCAUCAAAGGAGAGAUAGCACCAGCUGAAACAAGGAGAGUCACGAGAACAGAGGAAGAAGAAAGUUCUUCUGAUGAAGAUUCGACUAGUAGUAGUAGUUUGUAUCAUCCCUGUAAUUUGUUUCAGCUUGCUGGAACUGCAUUCCUUAAGUGUUUUGGGCUUGACCGGAGUACACAAGAAACUGAUGAUUCUCUGAGACCUGAAUCUAAGAAACAGAGGUGAUCCAAGUUCUUGUGAAUAUAGAAGAAGAACAUACACGUUUUUUAUACGAGUUGUUGAUGCGUAGCAUUUGUUGAUUAGGAGAGAAUGAAGAAACAUGUAAGUACAUAUAUGGAAAGGUUAUAUUGUUGGGGUUAACAUGAACGAGUUAACUCAGUGAAUAACUGUGGUUUAAAUAUUUUAAAUGCGGUUUAUAUCGGUGGUA